AUGCCGUCGUCCCUCAUCAGCGUGGCGACAGCAACACUGGCUUUGGUUGCAACACCGGCGGUUGCAACCUCCUACAGCCUGCUCCACAACUUUGACGAAUCCAACUUUUUCCAGAAUUUCUCUUUCUACUCAGACACCGAUCCUACCGCUGGAUUUGUCCAGUAUUUGGAUUACGAGGCCGCCCAUGACGCUGGCCUGGCAACUGUCAAGUCAGGAAAUGUCUAUCUAGGAGCCGACUCUACGAACACCUACUCUACCGGCGGCCGUCCGUCGACUCGGGUCGAGUCCAAUUUUCAAUUCACCCAGGGCCUUCUGAUAGCCGACUUGGCUCACAUGCCUGGCAAUGCAUGCGGUGUUUGGCCGGCUUUCUGGACAUUUGGCGAGAACUGGCCCGACAACGGCGAGAUCGAUAUCAUUGAGGGUGUCAGCAACCAAACCGCCAAUUCCAUGACUCUCCACACCGAAGCCCAGUGCUCCAUCUCGAAAAACACUGACCACACAGGCUAUCUUUACUCCACUGAGUGUUCAGAAAAUGGUAGUUCGACUGGCUGCCAAUUUGAAGGAACAGAAGGGAGCUUCGGAGACGCCUUCAACACCCUGGGUGGCGGUGUGUAUGCGAUGGAAUGGACGUCCCAGCACAUCAUGGUUUGGUUCUUCCCGCGUUCUAGCAUUCCGGACUCUAUUACCUCUGGCAACCCUGAUCCCAGCACUUUCGGUACCCCAAUGGCCAACUUCCAGGGCUCCUGUGACUUUGAAAGUGAUUUCAAGGCCCAGUCGAUUGUUUUCAACAUUGAUUUCUGUGGUUACUGGGCUGGCGAGGACUUUGGCUCAUCUGGAUGCCCGCUGAGCAACCCCAGCGAUGCCACUGCCAGCUGUGAGGCCUACGUAGGCGCUAACCCAUCCGCUUUCACCGAAGCUUAUUGGGAAAUUGCGUCUAUCAAGCUCUACGAACAAGCCAGUGGCACUUCUUCGCCGACCUCAUCCUCGGCUGCUAUCAGUUCUACCACUUCUUCCAGUUCUACCCGCGCCAUUGCUACUAGUACACCAAGCAAGGCCGAUUCGACUUCAGUCAGCCCUAUCAAGUCACCCUCACCCUCACCCUCUCGCCCUGCCUCUUUUAGCAGCCCCGCCGUUCUCGCGGCCAGUGCGGUUGGUGCGGUCGGUGCAACCGAUGUGAUCGCUUCGCCAACAAACACUCCCUGCUCUUCCUCUAAAAGCACUAUCACGAUCACUUCUACUAUUACUCCUAUUAUCACUCCUAGUGCUACUCCCAGUGCUGCAUUUUCUUCCAAGAGCAUUGUGCCACUCACUUCUGCUCGCGUGAGCCCAUCAGUCAAUGCAGUCAACGCUUCAUCAUCCAAGUUGACCACAACUACGCUCGCUGUUACAUCUUAUGUUGACAUUUGCCCGUCCGGCUAUACCACGAAGACUAUCACUAAAACCGUCACGUAUUGUCCGGCGGAGUCUUCCACAAUUGGCGUCUCCCCUGCCUUUACAACCUCUUCAAAGUUCUGCGCGACUGGUUGUGGCCCCAGUCCAUCGACGGUUGUCGUUGUUGUUCCUAUUGAAUCUUCUACAACCACCCCAAGCCCCACUGGAACCCUUGAGCCUUUUCCGACGCUGGUCGCUGUUUCCACCUCAGCUACUGUCUCCCCUAGUACUAUCUCUCCUAGCUUGCGCGGGACUGGCUUCAGCUCAAAGUUUUCUAGUGUUACAGUGCCUGUUCCAGCUACGGCUAGCAUUCGUGUACCGACAGCACUCUCCUCUGUCACUGUCCCAUCCGUUUCCAAACCGUCUGGAUCAUUAACUGGUAGCGGCAGUAUGACUACGAGCGCAGUCAGCCCCGCUUACACGGGCGCAGCUAGCAGGGCGAGCUUCUCGGUCCUUGGUCUUGUUGCUGCCAUGGCAAGUUUUGUAUUAUUUCUUUAG